AUGGUUGCUUCUAGCGGCAUAGCUUCUUUGUUAUUGCCUGGAGGAAGAACAACACAUUCAAAAUUCAAAAUUCCUGUUCCGAUAUUUGAAGACUCAACAUGCAAUAUUCAUCAAGGAACACAAUUGGCUGAAUUAUUGAAUGAAGCAAGUCUUAUCAUCUGGGAUGAAGUCCCCAUGGCUCACAAAUUCUAUUUUGAAGCACUUGAUCAAAGUCUAAGAGAUGUUAUUAAGGCGAAAUCAAGUUCUGAUAAAAUCUUUGGUGGUAAAGUUAUGGUAUUUGGUGGAGAUUUUCGACAGAUUCUGCCAGUCAUUCCUAAGGGUAGCCAGUCUGACAUUGUUAAUGCAACUAUAAAUUUGGACUGUGAACAAAUGGAAUAUUCAAGUGCUGAUUAUGUGGACAAAUCAGAAACACUAGAGAGUUCUCAUUUUUGA